GGAAAUAUUACCUUGGGGAUGCAGGAUUUCCCUUAAAGGGAGGGAUACUUACACCAUAUAGAGGUGUUCGUUACCAUCUGAAGGAGUACUCAGCUAGAGGUCCCCAAAAUCACAAAGAAUUAUUCAAUCUUCGACACUCAUCACUUCGAAAUGUCAUCGAGAGGACAUUUGGUGUACUUAAGAAGAGAUUUCCAAUUAUAGGUGGUGGUAAUGAGCCAUAUUAUUCGUUUCCCGUCAUGACAGAUAUUUUCAUCGCGUGUUGCAUACUGCAUAACUACUUGAUGGGAGUUGAUGUUGACAACCAAAUCAUAGAUGAAGUUGAUCAGGAAUUGCAACAACGUGACAUAGAUCGAAGUUCCACGAAUCAACGUGACGAAGAUUAUAGACAAGGAGCAAAUAUAAGAGAGAAUGUUUCGACUGGAAUGUGGAAUGAAUACCCGCUAUAAUUCUUAAUGAAAACUUUUUUCGUUGUAUUUUAUUUGGCGUGAAUGUUGAAACAAUAAUUUGUAGUCAUAGUGUCGGUGUUUUCUAUUUCAUUGUAGUUGUUAAUGGAACAAGACUAGUUUUAAUAUUUGCUUGCAACAUUUUUGUACAACCACAUUAUCAGUUUAUUAUAUUACUUUUUUAGCUCCACAAUGUCAUUCUCUUUAUUUCUAAUAUUAAUGAUAAUUAGUGUGUACCUAUUUUUUUCAUGUAAUUUUUUUCAGAUGAAAGAAGAUUCAAAAAUGAUGAAGGGAAGUCAACAACCAAAGGACAUGAUGAGGUGGUCAGAAGAAAUGGAUCUAGCACUUUUGAAUGCAUUAACAGAAGAAGCACACAAAGGAAAUAGGCAUGAUGGUUCUUGGACUUCUGAAGCUUACAACAAUGUUGUUGAGUUGUUGAGAAACACAAUUGGAGGUCAUAUUACAAAGCAACACAUAAAGAAUAGAAUGAAGACACUAAAAGAGAACUUUGGUGAAGCGUAUGAUUUGUUCAAUAGCUUGAGUGGUUUUGCAUGGGAUCCAAUCACCCGAAAGUUUGAUGCAGAGGAGGAAGUGUGGGAUGCCUUGAUAAAGGAAAAGCCACAUGCUGCGAAGUGGAAGAGAAUGUGUAUCAAGAAUUAUGACAUGAUGAAAGAUUUGUUUGGAGUAGAUAGAGCUAAAGGAAAAACAUCAGGAACUGGUAAGGAUAAGAAGAAAAGGUGGGAGAAGGAAAGGGAAAAGGAAAAAGAAAAAGAAUUUAUUGACUUAAAUGAUAGUUUUGAGGAUACAGGGAUGCGUGAAACAGAAUCAAACUAUGUGGAUGAAACACCUCUUUCUCCGUCGAACUUUGAUGCAUUCAGUCAAGGUCAAUCUAACCAGUCAAAUGGAACCACUGCAAAUAGGGGUGCAAAGCGAAAGGCCCAUGUUGUGGAACCCGUUGAGUCGCAAUAUGAGAAGGUUUCAGUUGGCAUUGAUGCAUUAGCGGAGGCUGUCAAAGAUGGUAACAAUCGGUCUGAAAAGUUGUAUCAAGUUGUAGAAAGACAAGUUGUUGUUGCUGAAAGACAAGUAUCUGUGGCUGAAAGGCAAGUGGACAUAGCUGAGAAGGAGCUAACCAUCAUCCAACAGAGUAGGCCUCGCCAUUAUAGUGAGUCUGAUGUGUGGAAUGUGCUAACCGAUUUGGGCAUCAACAAUAAUUGUAAAAUGGAUUGCUAUCGCUUUUUCUGUGCAAAUGAACAAAAGAAAAGAGAACUAUUUGGUGUCCCCCCUGAAAUGCGCCUUCAAGUACUCAUAGAUAUGAUGGCAGAGGCUAACAAAAAAUGAUAGCACCUGAUAAUAUUUGUUUGCCUUUGGUUUAUGUUGAAUUGUUUUUCUCUUUCAAUUUUCUUUAAGUAUUUAAUAUUACUGUUAUGAUACUUUGC